GGAUACAUUUGGGGAGCAGAAAUUCUGCCUGAAAUGUAAACCACAGUUGCUUGACAAUCUGUUGUCUCAUUCUUCCAAAAGAGGAGUCAGAGUUUUCAUCCAGCUUUCCAUGCUUAGGUUGAGCCAUCCCAAUGUAGUAAGAGCCUGUGAAGUUCCUGAGGAGAUGAACUUUCUGGUUAAUGAUGUUCCUCUCCUGGCAAUGGAAUAUUGUUCAGGGGGUGACCUCCGUAAGUUGCUAAACAAACCGGAUAACUGCUGUGGACUUAAGGAAAGUCAAAUCCUUUCUCUGCUUAGUGACAUUGGGUCUGGUAUCCAGUAUUUGCAUGAAAACAGAAUUAUACACAGAGAUUUAAAGCCUGAAAAUAUUGUUCUUCAGGAUGAAGGUGGGAAGAUUGUUCACAAAAUAAUAGACCUGGGGUAUGCAAAGGAUCUGGAUCAAGGAAGUUUAUGCACUUCAUUUGUUGGAACGUUGCAAUAUUUGGCUCCAGAACUCUUUGAAAAGAAGUCCUACUCGGUUACUGUUGAUUACUGGAGCUUUGGAACGAUGGUGUUUGAAUGUAUUGCAGGAUUUAGACCUUUCUUGCACAAUCUACAGCCAUUUACCUGGCAUGAAAAAAUCAAGAAGAAGGAUCCAAAGCACAUCUUUGCUUCUGAAGACAUGAAUGGGGAGGUUCGCUUUAGUACCCAUUUGCCACAGCCUCACAGCCUCUGUGGUUUAAUUGUAGGACUGAUGGAAAAUUGGUUGCAACUGAUGCUGAAUUGGGAUCCACAACAGAGGGGUGGAGGUUUAGAUCCUGAGACCAGUCGUCCAAAGUGUUUCCUAAUAAUGGAUCACAUACUGAAUUUGAAGAUAGUACACAUCCUAAAUAUGACCUCUGCCAAGAUUGUUUCAUUUCUUUUGCAUCCCGAGGAAAGCCUUCAUUCCCUUCAGAUUCGGAUUGAGUUUGAAACUGGAAUUAGUACUGGAAAUCAGGAACUGCUGUUAGAGACAGGGAUUUGCCUGGACCCUCGGAAACCUGCUUCCCAGUGUGUGAUUGAUGGCGUAAGAGGCUGGGAUAGCUACAUGGUGUAUUUGUUUGACAAAAGCAAAACUGUCUAUGAUGGACCCUUUGCUUCACGGAGUCUGUCUGACUGUGUAAAUUACAUUGUACAGGACAGUAAAAUCCAAUUGCCAAUUCCUCAGCUGCGCAAAGUAUGGGCAGAAGCGGUUCACUACGUGAUUGGGCUGAAGGAAGAUUAUAGCAGGCUCUUCCAGGGCCAGAGAGCUGCCAUGCUCAGUCUUCUUCGGUACAAUGCCAACCUAAUCAAAAUGAAAAACAAUAUGGUGUCAGCAUCCCAGCAACUGAAAGCCAAACUGGAAUUCUUUCAUCAAAGCAUUCGCCUUGACCUGGAGAGAUACAGUGACCAGAUGGCUUAUGGCAUAUCUUCAGAAAAGAUGCUGAAAGCCUGGAAGGAGAUGGAAGAGAAGGCCUCUCAGUGUGCACAGGCUGAAGAUAUUGGAUAUCUGGAUGAGCAGAUCAUGGCUCUCCACACAGAGAUUGUAGAGCUUCAGAAGAGUCCAUAUGCAAGGCGCCAAGGAGAGGUCAUGGAGAGCUUGGAACAGAGAGCCGUAGACCUGUACAAGCAGUUAAAAACAAGACCUCCAGAUCAUGCCUACAGCGACAGCACGGACAUGGUGAAGAUCAUUGUGCAGACAGUACAGAGCCAAGACCGAGUUCUCAAGGAGCUCUUCGGCCAUCUCAGCAAGCUCUUGGGCUGUAAGCAGAAGAUCAUUGACCUGCUUCCAAAGAUUGAAGUGGCUCUGAAUAACAUCAAGGAAGCUGACAACUCGGUGAUGCAGAUGCAGGGCAAAAGGCAAAGGGAGAUCUGGCAUUUGCUGAAAAUCGCAUGUACUCAGAGCUCUUCUCGAUCACUGGUAAGCUCCAGCCUGGAAGGGACAACCUCAGCACCAGCAGCCAUGUGGCUCCCACAGGGCUCCUCAGGGAGUAUACCCCAUCCUCUGUCCCAUAUGGCAACUCCUGAAGAUGGGGAAAAUUUUGUCCAUGUCAUAGAAGAGAAUCUGAAUUACCUCGAACUCUUUAGCAGUAUUUUGCAGGAGGUGAGACAGGAGCAGAACAACAGUAUGAUGAGUUUUGAUUGGAGCUGGCUCAAAUAG